UAUAUUCCACAAAAAGAUAUCUUUUCUAAUUAUUCUCAUUUUCUACAAUCAAAAACCCUAAUUUUGGCUGCUUGGAGUUCAUUGAAGCUCAGUUCUUUGAUUAAUCCGUUUACUGUUUAUCUGAUUAUUUUCAGGUUUGAUUAUGGCGGAUGAUACCGUUACCAACGGCGAGGUUUUCGACGACGCGCCGGUGGAGAUCGCCGUUGACGAAACUACCGAUGCUGCGUCGAAAACUUCUGCACUGAAACAGAAGAUAGCGGCGCUUGAGCAAGAGAAAAUUCAGUUUCUUCACGAGAAUGAUGUGAUCAAACAGAGAAUCGAGAAGCUCAAGAGUUCAAUCGAGGAAUCUCAGAGCGAAAAGGAUGAGUUGUUGAAGAAGGUGGAGAAUUUCGAGUCGGAGAACAAGGCUUUAGGAUCAGUUGCCGCUAGAGCUGCUCAGCUGGAAGGGGAGGUAUCUCAGCUGCAACAUGAUCUCAUCACUGCUAUGAAUGGUCUACAAGGUUCUAAUUCUGAGUUAUCAGGGGUGAAAUCGGCAUUGGAGGGAUUGAAGAGUACUGAAAAUGAGAAGAGUGUGAAGCUGGAGGCUGUUGAGAGUGAAAAGAAUCUGUUGUUGUCAAAAUUGGAGAAGUUAGAAGCUAGUGGAAACAAUCAGAAAGAAGAAGUUGAAGGGAAGGAAGAAGAAAUUAGGGUUUUAAAGAAGCAUAUUGAGGAAUUGAAGGGUACUGUUGUGAACAAUGAGGAAUGGGAAGAGGAGAAGAAGGAGCUUCAUUUGGUGAAGGAGGAAUUAGAGAAGAGGGUUAAGGAGAUGGUUGAGAAAGCUGCAGAGUUGGAGAAGAAAUUGAGGGAGAAGGAAAGGGUUAUUGCUGAAAGAUUUGUUGCUAGCAAUAUUAAUGGCAUUCCUGUUGGUGAUGAUCAAGUUGGUUUCCUUGGCGGUGAUGUAAAUUUGCCAGUGGUUGCUGCAUCUUCAGUUGUUGCAGUUGCAGUGGUUGGCGUUAUUUGCUAUCUUCGAUACGGACGAAAAGCGUAAACCCUUAGCUUGAUCUUCAAUAAGUUUGUCUUUUUGGUUUUGUGCUGAUCAAGCUAUGGAAUUUACAGUUUUGAUAGUUCUUUGGUUAUGUUGGAUUAUUAGUUAACUUUUUUAUCUUAAUAUCUUAAUCAGAUAAUAGAUUGCACUAUUAUGGUGCUGAAAUAUGUUUGUUUGCUAAGCUGGAGAUAGUUGACAAACUUGUACUAGUGCUUCAUUCUCAUUUCCAUGAAGCUGAUUACAAUGGUUUUGUAGUUUUUCCCUUGUGAUGUAAUUGCUUAAAAGAGUUGCCGAAUCUGUAUGUAAUAAUGUGUUUUCGUCGAAUGAUUGAAUUGCUUAAACACUUUAUUGAUUUCUUCUUUCUCAAUUCCAGGAGUUUGAUUUACAA